GUGUACCUGCACAUCCCGCCCCCCAGGCUCUCCCCGGCGCUCCUCUCCUGGAGGUCCUCCGGAGGCUACUUCACCUACAAGGACCAGAACAUCUUCUACAGAGAUUCCAGCGGUGCCGUUGGCAGCUCCGACGUCGUCGUGCUCCUGCACGGCUUCCCGACCUCCAGCUACGACUGGUACAAGAUCUGGGAAGGGCUGACACAGAGGUUCCACCGGGUCAUUGCUCUGGAUUUCGUAGGAUUUGGGUUCAGUGACAAGCCUAGGCCCCACCACUACUCCAUCUUCGAGCAGGCCAGCAUCGUCGAGGGGCUGGUGCGGCACCUCGGCCUCCGCCACCACAGGAUCAAUCUCCUGUCCCAUGACUAUGGGGAUACGGUUGCACAGGAGCUGCUGCACAGGUAUGAGCACAAUAAAACUGGGAGCAUCUUGAUCAACAGCCUCUGCUUGUCCAACGGAGGGAUCUUCCCCGAAACUCACUACCCCCGGUUCAUGCAGAAGGUCCUCAAGGAUGGGGGGUUGCUGUCCCCCAUCAUCACGCGCCUGAUGAACUUCUUCAUCUUCUCCAGAGGGCUUGGGGCAGUCUUUGGGCCCUACACGCAGCCUUCCCAGGCAGAGUACUGGGAUAUGUGGACAGCGGUGCGGACCAACGACGGGAAUCUCGUUGCUGACAGUAUUUUGCAGUACAUAAACCAGAGAAAGAAGCACAGAGAACGUUGGGUUGGGGCUUUGAUGUCCACCUCUGUCCCAUUGCAUCUCAUCUAUGGGCCCCUGGACCCUGUGAAUCCACACCCAGAGUUCCUUCAGCUUUACAAGAAGGUGCUUCCCAUGUCCACAGUGUCUGUGCUGGACGACCACAUCAGCCACUAUCCACAGCUGGAGGAUCCAACAGGCUUCCUGAAUGCUUAUCUCAACUUCAUCAACUCCUUUUGA